CUUGUCUGAUAAGAACGAAAGCGCAUGCAUGCGUAAUUAUUAUCUGUUUCAGUAUUAAUAUUGUUACACUUUCUAUAUAUAUAUAUAUAUACAUGCAUACAUAUAUAUUUGAUUGAUAAUAUUGUUAGACAACUAAUCCAAUUCACACGCCAUCACAGGAGGAAGGAGCUAUUGAAUCUGAUGUCUAUUUCUUGUUUUUGAUUUUGAUUUUCCAUUCUUUUCAAGACUGGAAUCAGAAUCAAAGACGUGUUAAUAAGCUGUUACCAUAACAACAGCAUUCUAUUAUUUUUUUCCCUCACACUUUUUCUCCCUUAUUACAAUUUGUGAGUAAUCCAAGGCAAAGUACUCUUUCGCUCUUUUGUACUUUCUUGCCAAAUCAUAGCCUCUCCAUUCUUUUUGAGUUUUGUCCCUUCUGGUCCCCCCCCCCCCCCCUCUAUAUAUAAUAUCUAUAUCCACAUUCAUUAUACUGUUGCAAAAUAUCAUUCGUUUACAUAUGCACUGUCUCUUCAAUGGUAUCAUCAUAGCAUUUGCUGGGCAAGAAUUUGUACCUUCAUUGUAUUCAUUUGUCCUAAAAUCAACCCAAAGUUUCAAUCAUUAUCAUAUUUUGGACCAGAAUCAACCCAAAGUUUCAAUCUUUAACAUAUUUUGAGCUACAAUCAACCCAAAGUUUCAUUCUUUACACAUUUUGAGCUAAAAUCAACACAAAGGUUUCAUUCAUUAAUACAUUUGAGCUACAAUUAACCCAAAGUUUCAAUCUUUAACACAUUUUAGGCCAAAAUUGCCAAAAGGGUCUUCACCAAAAGGCAUCAAUAAUGGCACAAUCCUUUAGCUGGUGGGGUAAAGAAAUUCAAAGGGGUACCCCUGUGGUGGUGAAAAUGGAGAACCCAAAUAACUGGUCCAUGGUUGAGUUACAAAGUCCAUCAGAUGAUGAUUUUCUGUUAACAAAAGGUGAAAAGGUGAAAAACAAGAAUGCAAAGCAGCUCACAUGGGUUCUUCUUCUCAAGGCACACAAAGCAGCAGGUUGCUUAACUUCAAUUGCCUCUGCUUUGUUCAGUCUUGGCUCUGUUAUCCACCGCCGUAUUGCCACCGGAAGGACAGAUUCUUCCACCGUUAAUAGCCGGUUUUAUAUUUGUAUAAAGGUCUUCCUUUGGUUAUCUUUAAUCUUGUUAGGUUUUGAAAUAGCUGCAUAUUAUAAAGGUUGGCACUUUAGUGCUUCAGAGUUUCAAAUUCAGGGUUUAUACACAUUGGCUAAUCCAUUAGCUGUGAAGGGUGUGUUUGAUUCUCUUUAUUCCAUGUGGGUUUUAAUUAGGGUGGAGUAUCUUGCUCCCCCUCUUCAAUUAUUAGCCAAUGUGUGCAUUGUCCUCUUUCUUAUCCAGAGUUUGGAUAGGUUAAUCUUGUGUUUGGGUUGUUUCUGGAUCAAGAUAAAGAAUAUUAGGCCAGUUUUGAAAGAGGGUCCAGUGGAUCUUGAGGCUGGUAAUGGUGGUGGUUACUAUCCCAUGGUUCUUGUUCAAAUCCCCAUGUGUAAUGAAAAAGAGGUUUAUCAGCAAUCCAUUGCAGCUGUGUGCAGUUUGGAGUGGCCUAAAUCCAAACUGUUGAUUCAAAUUCUUGAUGAUUCUGACGAUUCCAUGACUCAGACGUUGAUCAAAGAGGAGGUGCAUAAAUGGCAGAAGGAUGGUGCAAACAUUGUAUAUCGUCAUAGGGUGAUUAGAGAAGGUUACAAAGCUGGCAAUCUUAAGUCAGCCAUGAAUUGCAGCUAUGUCAAAGACUAUGAAUUUGUUACCAUUUUCGAUGCAGAUUUUCAGCCAUCACCUGAUUUUCUUAAGAGAACUGUUCCUUAUUUUAAGGAUAAUGAGGACCUAGGGUUGGUUCAAGCAAGGUGGUCCUUUGUGAACAAGGAGGAAAAUCUUCUAACAAGACUGCAGCUUAUUAAUUUGGCCUUUCAUUUUGAAGUGGAACAACAGGUGAAUGGGAUUUUUCUAAAUUUCUUUGGAUUUAACGGUACUGCUGGAGUAUGGAGGAUUAAGGCAUUAGAAGGUUCUGGUGGUUGGUUGGAGAGGACAACAGUUGAGGAUAUGGACAUUGCUGUUCGGGCACAUCUCCACGGGUGGAAAUUCAUCUUUCUCAAUGAUGUAGAGUGCCACUGUGAAUUACCAGAAUCAUAUGAAGCAUAUCGGAAGCAACAACAUAGAUGGCAUUCGGGGCCAAUGCAGUUAUUCCGUCUUUGUUUGCCUGCCAUCAUUGAAUCAAAUAUAAGCAUUUGGAAGAAGGGAAACUUGAUAUUUCUUUUCUUCCUUCUAAGGAAGCUGAUACUGCCAUUUUAUUCUUUCACCUUAUUUUGUAUAAUCCUCCCCAUGACCAUGUUCAUUCCCGAGGCUACACUCCCGACAUGGGUUGUCUGUUACAUUCCUGCCACCAUGUCGUUUCUCAAUAUACUUCCAGCCCCUAAAUCUUUCCCUUUCGUUGUGCCAUACCUUCUCUUCGAAAACACUAUGUCCGUGACCAAGUUCAAUGCCAUGAUCUCAGGGCUUUUCCAGCUUGGAAGCGCGUACGAAUGGGUUGUAACCAAGAAAUCAGGACGUUCUUCCGAGGGUGACCUUUCCUUGUUGGUUGAGGAAAAACCAAAACAUCAAAGAGGUAUUUCGGAGCCUAAUUUGGGGGACUUGAAGGAGGAAAUCAAGAAGAAAGAACGCAAGUCCUCGAGGAAGAAGAAGAAGAAGCACAACAGAAUAUACACAAAAGAAUUGGCCUUGGCUUUCUUGCUGUUGACAGCUUCAGUGAGGAGCCUCCUAUCAGCUCAAGGAAUCCACUUUUACUUCUUGUUGUUUCAAGGGAUAUCAUUCCUGCUUGUCGGGCUAGACUUGAUCGGUGAACAGGUUGACUAGUCGAAUAUGGAUAGGCUUCAUAGGGAUAUAUUUAUUUCAGCUGAACUGUCAAAUCGGAAGACAGUACACUGAGCCUGGCCUUGGCGCGAUAUCUAAAUUGGAAAAUUAGCUGGGGAAGCUAAGUUCUAGAGAGAUGAUGGCGAUAUUGCCUCUCCUCCGAACUUUGAACUCCAAAUACAACCUCAAAAAGAAGAGCAAUUUUUGGUGGAGCAAAUGUCCUGAAAGCGCGCUACAUAUUUUGAAUGGAGAAAUCCAUCAAGAAUGGUGAUAAUGUUCACCAUUACAGUUAAGGCCCUCCCCUCUUUCUGUCCUGUUAAUUUCUUAACAUUAUGGAUUCAUUUGUUAUUUUUGGCAUAUUCUUUUGUAAGAAGAAUUUGUUGUGGAAAGUUAAGCACUUAAUUUAGUGAAACUUGAACACCAUA